CGGACACUUGCGUAUGUGCCUAUUUUAUAAUGAAAAUUUUCGAUUUAUACAGGUCACUCGCGUUGUGGAAGUGAAAUCAGUGAGAUUACGACGUACUGGACAUGGUUUUUUCCUAUAUCUGAGCCUCCAUAUUGUCUUUAUGUGGAUACAACAUGUAGACGCUAAGCCUCAGCUAAUUGCUCCAACCUACGCAACCGUCACGAGAACCGGAAGUAUCACCGCUCCUAAACGAAUGGAGACAGAUGCCAAAUUUCACAAGCAAAAUGGCACCGACAGCGCAGAUGUUGACAGUCAUCUACAGAAUUCUAAUGGAACAUCCAACUCCAGUCCGAACUACAUGUAUUUACCUGGGAUGAGAACGGAAACAAUUUUAAAGAAUCACGAUAGCCAUGGAGAUUCCAGAAAGGGAUCUACAGUUUCCAAAUCUCCAGUUAUCUACCUGCCUUACAAUCACAAACUAACGUCGUCCGACCUGCAGUAUUUUAAGCAUCCUGUCUACAUUGCAGAAGGACGCCCCACUGUCCCUAGCUAUAAGCAAGCAGAAGGCAGUAAGUCAUCAUCUACAAUGGAGUUUAAACACUUCAUGACAGGCCAGCCUCUGGAUCCUUUUUAUUACGAUACUGCCAUGGAAUCAAAUCAAACAACAAAACCACACUCGCCCAGUUCUCAUAAAUAUGGUUCCGAGAGCUCAGACAAAACUAAUGCUAAUUACUACAAAAUUGAUGCCUCUCUGUCCGACUACCAAACACAACAGCAAAAUAUAGGAUCUCAGGAUUCAAAAAAUUCUGUAAAAAUAACAGAAAACAGAACAUCUGAAGAUUCAAAUAACCAACCAAGGGACAUGUAUAAGGAAUCCCUAUAUUACAUUCCACAGUCAAGCGAUUUCGAACUGGCACUGAAUUCGAAUCAAGACUCGCAAUCAAACGAUCCGUACGAUGGUCCAGAUUCUUACAAUCCACCACCACUCAGUAAACCUUAUGGGACAUCCAAUGAACAGCCAGAGUUAAAUUUUCCACAUCUAGGUUCGUAUGAACUUUACAAUAAACCGUACAAAUCACUUGAGGAGACACACAAACCUCCAUCGCCUGCGGAUACUCAUAUGCCUCCAUCGUCUAUGGUUACUUAUGAACUGCCAGCUCCUAUGGAUACUUUCAAACUUCCAUCACAUAUAGACACAUACAAAAGUCCAUCACAUAUGGAUGCUUACAAACCUCCAUUAUCAAUGCAUACUAACAAAUACUCAACACCUGCAGACACUUAUAAACCUCCCCCUCCUCCAGCAACUUCAUUUAUGGAGACUUACGGACCUCAGUCAGCAGCUGAUACUAACAAAUCUCCAUCAAUCGGAGAUACUUACAAAAUUCCAUCACACGCAGAUACUGUUAUGUCAUCACCUACAAAUACGUAUAAACCUCCGUCACCUGCAGAAUCUUCGUCAUUUAAUUCCGAUUCUGAUAAGCCUUCAGUUUUCAAGACUUACAAACCCCAUACAGAAGUCGACAUACUUCCAUUAAAUAAAGACUCUAAUAAACGACCCACAAAUCUCUACACAACAACAAAAGAUACUGAUAUAUUAACGCCAUUAGACGACAAACCCAAACAAAAUGGAUGGUCCGAAGAGGAAGCUCCUGAAAACGACGAUUAUCCAGAAUAUGACACACACGACCACGAUACACAGAGUCAUUACCAUGAUCACAUCUACGAUCAUAAUUCCCAUAAACAUAAUUUUCAUCAUCAAUUAUAUGAUCACGAUCACCAUCAACUACCUUCUCCUCUUCCACCAAGUAAACAUAAUUACCACAAUUCACCAUCAUUCCUACAUACAAAGGAACACCCAUCUCUCGCCGAAACACCAUUUCCACCCACAGAUACUGUUGAAGCUCCCUCGCCCCCACCGAAAGACACACAUGGAAUCCUGAAUUAUGAUACACACGACCAGGAUACACUUAAUGAGUAUCAUAAAGACAUCUAUGAUUAUGAUCCCUAUGAACAUAAUUCACAUCAUUUCCAUGAUGACGACCACCAUAAACUGCCUGCUCCUCCGCACCCAACUAAACAUAAUUAUCACCAUCAGCCGCCAUCCAUACAUACAGAGGAAUCCCCAUCUGCAGACGAGGAGGUACCAUAUACAUCUAAAGAUGUCGGAGCUUCCUCGCUUCCUCUAGAAAGUACGUACGGAACUCCGGAGUAUGACACACACAACCAUGAUAUAAACAGUGAUUAUUAUGACCAACAUUAUGAUCAAGACCACUACGAACAUCAUACACAUCAUCAUUUAUCUGAUCACGGCCACAAUGAACCACCUGCAUCUUCACCACUAAUUAAAUAUAAUUAUCACCAUCCGCCGUCACCUGUACAUACCGAGGAAAUUACAUCUCCCACUAAAGUACCAUCUCCACCGAAUGACAUGGUCAAACCUCUCACAUCCCCUCCAAAAGACAUGGUCGGAGCUGCCCCACCACCUCCGAAAGAUAUGGUCAAAGUUUCCCCACCACCUCCGAAAGAUAUGGUCAAAGCUUCCCCACCACCUCAGAAAGAUAUGGUCGGAGGUCCUCUACCACCAAAGAAUGGUAUAACUGGAGAUUCCCCACAUCCUCCAAAAACUACAGCCAAAGAUCCCUCGUCCUCUCCAAAAGGUACGUACGGAACUACGGAGACUGCUACACAUGACCACGAUACCCACAGUCAUUACGAUGAUCACGGCCCCUACAAACACCAUUCGCACCAUCAACUCCAGGAUCACGACCACCAUGAACUAUCAGCUCCUCGACCUGCAACUAAAUAUAACUAUCACCGUCCCCUCUCAUUCUUACAUACGGAGGGAUCUCCAUCUCCGAUCGAAGUACCAUAUCCAUCUAAGGAUAAUGUCGGAUCGUCCUCACCCCCUACAAAAUAUAUUUAUGGAACUCCAGAGUCUGCCACACACGACCACGACACAGACAAUCAUUACCGUGACCAUAUCUAUGAUCAUGGCACUUACAAACAUCAUUCACAUCAUCAUUUCCAUGAUCACGACCACCAUGAACUAUCUGAUUCUCCACCACCAACUAAACACAGUCAUCAUCUUCCUCAGUCUACCAUACAUACUCAGGAAUCUCCAUAUUCUGUCGAAGCACCACCUCCACCGAAAGAUAUUGUUGGAGCUCACACACCUCCUACAAAGGAUAUUUAUGGAAAUCCAGAGUAUGACGCACACAGCCAUUACCACGACGGCAAUUAUGAUCACGAUCCCCACGAACAUGAUUUACACCAUCAUUUCUAUGAACAUGAUCACCAUGAACUACCCGUUCGUCCACAUUUAACUAAACCUAAAUAUCACCACCCACCGCCAUUCGUGCAUACAGAGGAAUUUUCAUCUCAGGCGGAAAAACCGUAUCCACAUAAAGACACAUUCGGAGCACCCCCACUGCCUCCAGAAGAUACAUACGGGCUUCCAGAGUAUGACACUCACGACCACGAUACACACAGUCAUUAUCAUGGCCACAUCUAUGACCAUGAUUCCUACAAACAUCAUUCGCAUCAUCAAUUCUAUGAUCAAGAUCACCAUAAACAACAUGCUCCUCCACCGAUAAUUAAGUAUAAUUACCACCAUCCUUCGUCAUCCAUACACAUAGAGGAACUUCCAUCUCCGUCCGAAGCACUACCACCGGCUCCGGAUAUGGCCGGAGCUUCCCAAACCCCUCCAAAUGGUACGGUUAGUGCUCCUUCCCCUCCUCUGAAUGAUAUGGUUGGAACUUCCCCAUCACCUCCAAACAAUAUGUACGGUGCUCCGCCACCCCCUCCAAAUGUCAUGUACGGAGCUUCUCCACCCCCUCCAAGUGUCAUGUACGGAAUUCCGCCAUACUCUCCAAAUGCCAUGUACGGAGCUCCGCCACCCCCUCCAAAUUCCAUGUACGGAGCUCCGCCACCAGCUCCAAAUAAUACGUACGGAGCCCCACAAAACGAGACACAGCCCAUGGAAAAGAAACCACAGAUAACAUACUACUAUCUGGGGCGAAAAUUAUGGAUUCUGCCACUCUAUGCUGGAAUAUGCUUCAUUGCAUAUGUACUACUUUUAUUGCUAAAGGCUAUUUCACGGCACAAAGUAAUUUCUCCUUACAAUUAUUAUACCGGUGUACAAAGCAGGCAUCUAAAGUCCCACUGGCAGCAGCAUCUGUACAAUACCACAGAACAUGUUACGAAGGCUUUGAAAACAGCAGAAUAUCGAUAUAUGUAAAUAAACAGACACAAUAAUCAAUAAACAUCUCGGCACUUAUUAAUGUUUCAUUUCCACUAAAAUUUAGAAACGUCGCCAGUGAAUUGUGAUGCAAUUAAUUGUGUGCAUAUAAACCGAUCCCAUUUUUUAAUUA